UCCGCGGCGGUGGCACAGCAGUGGGCAGCGGUGGCUCGGAGAGCUGGAGCCGCGACAACCUUCAGGGUGCCCAGGACCCGCCAACAGCCACAGAGACCGACCGCACGCGGAGCCGGGUCGCCGCUACCGCUGCCGCCACGGGGCGCUCCCGCGAGUGGGAGUCCGGCCACCUGGUCUUUCCUUCGGCCCCAGCUGCUUCAGACUCAACAAAAUGAAACCAGGACACGUUUGGCUGCAUCUCGCACUGCUUGGGGCCUCCCUGCGGGCUGCGCUGGGAUGGACAGAACCAGGAACCAGCAGAGGCCCCAGCGUGGGUGUGGAGGAGUCGCAGGCAGAGGAAUUGAGAAGCUUUGAAGUCACCAGAAGAGAAGGGCUCUCCGACCAUGACUGGCUGCGGUCCUCCUGCGGGAAGAAGCGGUGCGGCCGCGGGAGCAGGUGCACGCUCAGCCGGGAGACGGGGGAGCCCGAAUGCCGGUGCCUGGAGGCCUGCAAGCCCAGCUACGUUCCCGUGUGCGGCUCCGAUGGGAGGUUCUAUGAAAACCACUGUGAGCUCUACCGCGCCGCGUGCCUGCUGGAGAAGAAGAUCGUCAUUGCCCACAGCAAGGACUGUUUCCUUAAAGGCGAGCCGUGCACCAUGGCCAACUAUGCCCGCCUGAAGAAUGUCCUUCUGGCACUGCAGACCCGCCUGCAGCCACUCCCGGAAGGGGCCAGCCGCCGAGACCCUGCCUCCCAGAAGCGCCUCCUGGUGGAAUCUCUGUUUAAGGACUUGGAUGCAGAUGGCGACGGCCACCUCGGCAGCUCUGAACUGGCUCAGCACGUGCUGAAGGAGCAGGACCUGGAGGAGAGCUUCCUGGGAUGCUCGCCAAGCGACCUCCUUCGAUUUGAUGACUACAACAGUGACGGCUGGCUGACCCUCCGAGAGUUCUACACGGCCUUCCAGGUGGUUCAGCUCAGCCUCGCCCCGGAGGAGAGGGUCAGCGUGGCCACAGUGACCGUGGGGCUGAGCACCGUGCUAACGUGUGCUGUCCGCGGAGACCUGCGACCACCCAUCGUCUGGAAGCGCAACGGGCUCGCCCUGAACUUCCUGGAUUUGGAAGACAUCAACGACUUCGGAGAGGACGACUCGCUCUACAUCACCAAGGUGACCACCGUCCACAUGGGCAACUACACCUGCCACGCCGCCGGCCACGAGGAGCUGUUCCAGACCCACGUCCUGCAGGUGAAUGUGCCACCAGUCAUCCGCGUCUACCCGGAGACCCAGGCACAGGAGCCGGGGGUGGCGGCCAGUCUGAGGUGCCACGCGGAGGGCAUUCCUAUGCCCAGAAUCACUUGGCUGAAAAAUGGCAUGGAUGUCUCAGCCCAGAUGUCUAAACAGCUCUCCCUUUUGGCCAAUGGGAGCGAACUCCACAUCGGCAGCGUCCGGUAUGAAGACACAGGGGCGUACACCUGUAUUGCCAAAAAUGAAGUGGGCGUGGACGAAGACAUCUCCUCCCUCUUCAUUGAAGACUCAGCUAGAAAGACCCUUGCAAACAUUCUCUGGCGCGAGGAAGGCCUCAGUGUGGGAAACAUGUUCUAUGUCUUCUCCGAUGACGGCAUUAUCAUCCUGCACCCCGCGGACUGUGAGAUCCAGAGGCACCUCAAACCCUCUGAGAAGAUCUUCAUGAGCUAUGAAGAAAUCUGUCCUCAAGGGGAAGGGGACGCCACCCAGCCAUGCCAGUGGGCGUCGGCAGUGAACGUCAGGCACCGGUACAUCUACGUGGCCCAACCGGCACUGAACAGAGUCCUCGUGGUCGACGUUCAAGCCCAGAAAGUCCUGCAGUCCAUAGGUGUGGACCCUCUGCCGGCUAAGCUGUCCUAUGACAAGUCACAUGACCAAGUGUGGGUCCUGAGCUGGGGGGAUGUGCACAAGUCCCAACCAAGCCUCCAGGUGAUCACGGAAGCCAGCACCGGCCAGGGCCAGCACCUCAUCCGCACACCCUUUGCGGGAGUGGACGACUUCUUCAUUCCCCCAACAAACCUCAUCAUCAACCACAUCAGGUUCGGCUUCAUCUUCAACAAGUCUGAGCCCGCAGUUCACAAGGUGGACCUGGAAACGCUGAUGCUCCUCAAGACCAUCGGGCUGCAGCGGCACGGCUGCCUGCCGCAGGCCAUGGCCCACACCCACCUGGGCGGCUACUUCUUCGUGCAGUGCCGGCGGGACAGCGCCACGGCCGCUCCACAGCUGCUCAUCGACAGUGUCACGGACGCCGUGGUCGGCCCCAACGGUGAGGUGACCGGCACCCCACACACGUCCCCCGACGGCCGCUUCGUGGUCAGCGCUGCUGCCGCCAGCCCCCAGCUGCACGUGCAGGAGGUCACGCUGCGGGGGGAGAUCCGGACCCUCUACGACCUGAAGAUCGGCCAGGGCAUCUCCGACGUGGCGUUCCAGCGCUCCUUCGCCCACAGCAACCAGUACUACGUCUACGCCACGCUGGAGGCAGAGCCGGACCUGCUGUUCCUGGAGCUGGCCACGGGCCGGGCGGGCGUGCUCAAGAACUUCAAGGAGCCGCCCUCGGGGCCAGCCGGGCCCUGGGCAGGGCCCCGCAGGAUCGUGAGGGACAGCGGGCUGUUCGGACAGUACCUCCUCACGCCAGCCCGGGAGUCACUGUUUCUCAUCAACGGGCGACGAAACACGCUGCGGUGCGAGGUGUCGGGCGUAAAGCGGGGGACCACGGUGGUGUGGGUGGGCGAGGUAUGAAGGCGGCCAGCGCAGAGCCCGGGCCCCCGGGCCCCACCUCGUCCUGACACCACAGCCCCGAGCUGGCGCCCUGUACAUUUUUACAGACAAACGCAAAAACCUGUAUUCGCUUCGUGGUUCGACACUGGUCUCCUUGCAAGUUUCCUCGUCUAAGGUUUGCGCUGCGCACCCGGCGGGGUGUUCUCGUCGGGAAGUGUGAGUACGCCUUGGGCUACGGCGAGAACCCACGCUGCCGUGUAAAGGAGGCAUCUCCGUGCCCGGCUCCACGCCAGGUGACUGGGGACGCGCGGAACCAGCGCUCCUGCUUUCCAGGCGGGCAUCUCCGUCGGUUGCCUUCACAUAGUCAUUCUCCUUCACCGCCAGACCCAGCCAGACUGCACCCUGCGCAGGGGCCUGAGACCAGGCCUGGACCCGGCCGCCGGGAGCGGGGCCUCCCUCCGCCGGAGAGCCACACCUGCCCUGGCUCUGCAACUUUUCCUCCUUCGCAGCUGCUUCCUGCUUUUCUUCCCAUUUGACUUGUGGUGCGCCUGAGAGAGAGCCAGUAAGACUUAUUGCCGCUUGGGGAGGUGGGGAAAUCACUCACUUUAUUUUGGAAAUUUUGAUUAAAAAAUAAUUUUUUAUAAUCUCAAAUGCUAGUGAGCAGAAGGGCGCUCUCCGAGGUCCAGCUCUGUUCGUCCCCGCCUUGGGCCGAGUCUCUGAGAGUCACCACCCCACAUCCCCCAGCCGGAAAGAACAGUGGUCCUCAAGGAGUAAUGGCCUCUACAGCACUGACACCCCCAAGUGCAGAUCGGCCACCACACUGGCAAAGGCUGCAUUCUGGGCUGGGACCCCACGACACUAGGACAAACCCUGUGUGCCUGCUUUUCACCAUGGAAGGGGGGCAUUGUUCAGUUAGUUAUUCCUCACUGGAGGAUAUUUUCCUAUUGAUUUUUAGAGAGAGUGGAAGGGAAGGGGAGAGAA